AUGUCUUUAACCAAUAUUCUUAAUAUACUGCAUCUUUCUCCCUAUAUAUUCGCAAAUCCUUAUGAUCAUUUCUCUCUCUUUAUAUUCGCAAAUCCUUAUGAUCAUUUCUCUCUCUUUAUAUUCGCAAAUCAUCAUGAUCAUUUCUCCUUCCUUAUAUUCGCAAAUCAUCAUGAUCAUUUCUCCUUCCUUAUAUUCGCAAAUCAUUAUGAUCAUUUCUCCUUCCUUAUAUUCGCAAAUCAUUAUGAUCAUUUCUCCUUCUUUAUAUUCGCAAAUCAUUAUGAUCAUUUCUCCUUCCUUAUAUUCGCAAAUCAUUAUGAUCAUUUCUCUCUCUUUAUAUUCGCAAAUCAUUAUGAUCAUUUCUCUCUCUUUAUAUUCGCAAAUCAUUAUGAUCAUUUCUCUCUCUUUAUAUUCGCAAAUCAUUAUGAUCAUUUCUCUCUUCUUAUAUUUGCAAAUCCUUAUGAUCAUUUCUUUCUUUAUAUUCGCAAAUCCUUAUGA